GAGGUUCAGGAAGCAGUAGGCGUGUUUUCAUGCUGUCAUAUGAAGAAUGGCACCGGGAUUGUUUAAAUGCGUCGAGUGUAACGAAGAUGCAAACGAACUGCAUCGAGAUUACAGCAACGGAAUACUGAAGAUCACCAUAUGUAGGUCAUGCAAGAAGCCAGUUGACAAAUACAUCGAAUAUGAUCCAGUUAUUAUUUUGAUAGAUGCCACUCUAUGCAAAAUCCAGGCCUUCAGACAUAUCCUCUUCAACACUGAGAUCAAUAUCCACUGGAAACUGUGUGUGUUCUGUCUGCUGUGUGAGGCGUAUCUGCGCUGGUCCCUCCUGCAGGGGUCCCAGGCCAACGAUGACCCCGCUGAUAUCAUCCGUUACACUAAAGAGUGGGAGUUUUACUGCAUGUUUGCACUGGCUUCACUGGAGUUGGCCGUGUUCUGCAUAGGUGUGUUGUUCAUUCUCUGGACGGCGCAGUGCUGCUCUGGUUCCUCUGUAGAAUUCACUCCGCUGUUGAAGGCGCUUCUGCUCUCCAGCUACGGCAAAGUGCUGCUAAUUCCAGCUGUCAUCUGGGAGCACGAUUUCUCCCCGCUCUGCUUCAGCCUCAUACGGCUGUUCGUCCUGACCUCCAAUUCACAAGCCAUAAGAGUGAUUCUGAACUGCAGUCGGCGACUGUCUCUCCUGGCGGUGUGUGGUGGCUUGCUGUUAGAGACGUGGGUUGCCCAGGCUUUAAAAACACUGCAGGUCUGUUCACAAGACUAUCUGUCAAUGCUCUAGACUAGAAGAAUCUAGGAAUCUGAAACCUCAGGAUCAUCUCAAACCUUUGACGGUAAAUAUCAAACUGUCCCAUCUAAAGAUAAAUGGAUGCUCUAUGAAUUGAUGCAAAACUUUCUUCAUGAAUGAUUCAAGUCUUCCUUGCUGUCAGCGAAGAAAGUUUGAUUUCUGAAACUGAUUGCCGUGUAAAACCUCAGAUGUGAAUGUAGAGACAUGCUUGUCAUUACUUCAGAGAUGUUGUUUGAUCAAGAUGUCCUGUACAAAGGAAUUCGGUGGCAAUGCCAAGUGAAAGUAAAUGAGGUCGUAGAGAGCAAAUUGUUUAGCUUUACUAUGGUUACCACAUGGUUAUGAGUUUUUUCUUUUUCUUUUCAUGCAAAUAUGUCUGGUUUUACUAAGUUAACACCGUUUAAGACCAGUAAUUUGUCUUCACUUGUGAAUUCUCCUCACACAGAACAACUAGUUUGGGUCUAUACAAUUUUCACAAAAUCCUGUGUGUUUAUAAAGACUUUGAAGGCGCAGCUUCACAUUCCUGAGGUCAUCUGUCAAAUUCCUCCAUUAGCUCUGCUGAGAGAAGAUGUUGACGCAGAUGUACUACAGAUGCCUGUGGACUUGUGUCGACACGAUAUGUUCACUUACUGUAAUGAUCUGAAUGGCGUCUGAUUUAUAUUGGAUGGUUUAUGUAUGGACUUUCUUGCUGAUGUAAUUUAUCCCUGUUACAUAAAUGUGAAGUGUGGGCCUUCAGUAUGAACUUGUACAACUUGUUCUGAAGAAACUCAGGGAAUAAAUCUUGCACUUCUUUGUGAAACUGAAUGUUUUGUAACGGUUUAGCUGAAGGGGAUUGUGGUUAUAGGCUAUGCUUGAUUCCGUGUGGUAUUGGUAUUCACUGUUUAAAAGUCAUUCUUUGAA